AUGAAGGCUUUCCUGUCUCGCCUGCAUAUCGGUGGUAGCAAGGACAAGGAACGAGAUUCGCUAUCCAUCCCGAAGGAAAAGCUCCCUCCAUUGCGUCCUUGGCCCCCAGAGGAGACCCAGAGGACUGCCUCUAAUACCCCGAUUUCCUACGCCAAUUUCAAGCCGCUUCCCGAACUUGUUCCAGAUCAGUUCUCGUCGCAGCUUACUCCCAGAAAUCUUAGCGAGGACCCUUCACCGACAACCUCCACGACGCCGACGCCUUCCGUGACUUCUCCCACCCCCUCGCGUGCUGAGGACCCUCUUCCCGACUUGCCCGUUCGCGCUGUUUCACCACGUCAGGAUCCUGAUAUUUCGGGUCGUAGCCAGAAGAAACAGAACGGAUCGGGAUAUCCCAACGGCAGCGUGUAUGCAGCUAAUGCGUCGGAGGUGCAGAAAAAGGUCGCUUUCAUCUCGCCUCCACCAACGCCUGCCAACUUUGAUCGCCCCCUCCCUGAGUCACCUCCUGCUGCUCCCCUUUCCGCUCCCAUCAAGACAAACGUAUCGCGAUUCCAGGCUACCCACAAAGAGCCACGAGGCCCUACUCCCUCAGGUGCCUCAUCGUCCAAAACCGAUCUAGGCUCCUUGGGCAAGGGCAAAGCCGCUUCCACUCGCGCCGUUUCCCCAUAUCUUCAUAGACCUGACGCCUCAGCCCCAUCGCUCAGGUCCACCUCGCCAUAUUCUCAGAUGACGGAGAACACCAGUGGGAGCAGAAUUCUCGCUGCGGCUUCUUGGAGUGAGGUCACAGAAGAAGACCUCGUAUCCAACCUCGGUUCGAGGGAACGUACGCGUCAAGAAGUUUUGUUUGAAAUAAUUUCCAGUGAGGAAAGAUAUGUCCAAGAACUGGUAAAGAUGAAGGACACAUUUAUUGACCCCCUUCUGCAUCCCUUUUCCGCACCAUCAACGAAUACCCCGUUGUCUGCAGCGUCGACACCUAACCUCGAUUACGACUACUUCCGCACCGAAUCACCGACAGAAUCUAUUGACCAUCUACCUCCCAUCGCGGCGCGCUUCAUGUCUCCCACACCCUCAGCUGAAGCGCAUUCACGGACUCCCAACAUUGACACUGAAUCAUUAGAUAGUGACGAGGAAGACGAGGGGGACGAUCACAUGGGUAGGGCAUUCAAUACUCCGCGGAAGAACGGUACAGCAAGCCAGACCUCAAAACACAACCAUCCACGUUCACCCUAUCGCGCUACAGUCACACGGACUGCUGCGAAACCCGGCACGUCGGUUCCGUUCCCAACACGGUCCCAUCAAUCCCUUCCUCCCCCUGCACGGGCCAACCAGUCUACCCAGUCAUUAGGCAGGCAAUCCAUAGUGGUUGAGCGGGAACGGGAACGACACUUCAGUCAUUCCAAAGCGUCAAGCCCCAAGUCAGGGAUGUUACGCAAAUUCAAGAAGAGCGAAACGAGUAGUAACCCUUUCGGCGAUGCGAUUGCGCCACAUCAGUUGCCCGAAGAUCUUCGGAUUUGUCUGGAGGUUGUUGAUAGCGGCGUUCUAGAUGGUCACAAGCGAUUGUCGGAGAGUUUGAAGAAGCGAUAUGACGACCAAUACCCACUCGUAAGGACGUUAGCCGAUGUGUUUGUAUCGAAUGCGGAUAUUUUCCACGGGUACGCAACUUAUGUCUUGCACCUGGAACGGGCUCUGGGACAGGUUGAUAAUGCACUGUCCAACGUAUCGAAUAAAAAACCAAAGAACCAAGAUGUAGCGGAUUGGAACAAGGUAUGCAAGUACCUUCAAAAGCUCGAGGAGAACUCCAGUGAGAAAGGCGAAACCGGUCUGGCGAUAACACUUUCAAAACCUUUUCAGAGGCUACUAAAGUAUCCCCUGCUCUUCCAAAAUCUGCUUUUCCAUACGGAUCCGAGUACCUUUGAGUACGAGAGCACCCUGCAGAUGGUGGCGGAAGUUGAGGCGAUUGUGAGGAGUAUAGAAGACGAGAAAAUACAGAAGGAGGAAAGGGACAAGACAAGAGAUGUCUUCGCAAGGAUCGAGGGGCUCGAUAAGGUCCGGCAGUUGGCGCUACCGAAGCCUUCGAGGAUAUUGGUGGAGGAGAAGCAAUGCCCACCGUCACUGCAGGGUCCACCGCUUAAAGCGUCGUCGCCGCCACCGGGCGGGGUGAGAGGGAAGAGCUCAUUUAAACGGCUGAGCGAUGUAUUGGGAAGCCCUGGGAAGAAGGAUCUCUGGUUGGUGGUGUUUAAUGACGUCGUACUGCAAUGCCAGCGGACGGGAACAACUAGUCUACCAUUGGCGGCACCGACUAAUUCCAGAACGACGAGUAUGCCGGAGAUGCAAGGAAAAGCCAAGUACGCCACGACAGGAAGGCGAAACUCUCAUACCAAGCCCCGGAAUCUGUACAAGUUUAUAAAGAUAGAGAAUUGGGCUAUCGGGGACGUCGCUAAGCCUAGAGAAGGCGUCAUAUCAAUGGAGGAUGUCGCUCGCACACGUGCACAAGUGCACCAGCCUCGAAUCGUCCCUCUACCGGCUGACGAUGAAGAUGGAGGUAUGGACUCAGACGACUCGGAUCGAAAAAGCAAAAUGAGCUUUUCUUACUGGGGAGCGGACAAGGUGACGGUCCAGAAGCCCGUCAUCAAAGGCCGCCUGGUCGCGAACCCGCGCCGAGGGGGUGCACCUUCAUACGGGCGCGAAUCAUCCGCCAAUGCGAAAUUCGGCUCUCGAUUGGUAUCAGACGGGUCUCCGGCGGUGCGGGCACCCAGUCGACGAACGGGGGCGACGACGCCCGCGUCUCGGAGACACGACGACAUGAAAUCCACAGUGACACGUCCAGAGUGGAAUGCGAGCACGAGAAACGUGCAGCAUAAAACUAGAGUGCGGAAUACGUCACAGACUAGUGCAGCUGUUAGCUCUAAAAGCACUGUGCAGCCCAAGACUGUAGGGUCUCCCGCGCCAUCCGAGGACUCUGGGGUAGGCCUAUAUCGUCAGAUGCUUGCUAAAGACCCGUCUCUGAAUAAUGCUUGAAGGCUCCAUAACCAUCUUGUUUCCUGGUCUCUUUAUAUUGUGCGUACCUGCUCUGGCAUCCCCUCAUCUCCGGCGAUCCCACCCUUCAUCCUCAUUGCAUCCUUAUCAUUUACUAUUAAACUCUCAUACAUUAUAUAUACCAGUGCGGUGGGUACAAGUAUUUGCCUCGACUCUCCUUUGAAUGCUUUUCGCUUACA